AUCUAAUAAUAGGCUAGGCCUAGCCAUCCAAUACACUUUCCAUCAUGGCCGACGACACUGAAGAAGACAAAAGAGGAAGUUCUCCAAAGGAAAAUUUUAAUCCUUUGGAUGAAGGCGACUCAGAUGUGUUUACUUCGACAUAUUUACGGCAGAUGUCUAAUGGAGAGAACUGGGGAGAUGAUGAUGAUGAUGAUAACAGUUCUGACAACAAUGGAGAGGGUGGACCCAGUGAUGAAGAGCAGGAUGGGCGGACUUUGGGUCAGCAGUACUCUAUCACUCCGCCACAGCCGCGAUUGCGAAAAAGGCUGAAGGAAAAAAAUAGCUUGAAAGGGCGCUUGGAUCGUUCAUACAAGGAAUAUUUGAUAAACAAGCGCCAGCAGCAAUCAAAAGCUCCUGUAAACAUUAUAAAAAAUGAAUUUCAAGCUGAUCCUGCCCUGUGUAAUCUUAGUGAGUUUGAUUCAGAUGACAAUCUAGAUAGGGAUGUGUUGAGGGAACGGAAAGAUAGGUGGCGUAGAGAGAGCAAGGAGAGUAAGAAAACCUUGUCAAAGCUGCGCUUAACUGACCGUGAGGAGAAACGAUUGUCUGAAGAUUUUGGUGUGCUUGGUGUUACUGACAGUGUUGGUCCCACAUCACACCUACCUCUGGAGGGUUCUGGUCGGUUCAUGAGUGUGAAACAAAAACUAAUGCUGCCUAUUAGCGCUGAAUCUCGUGCUCGAAGACUGGUGAGUGAGCCCCGGGUUUGUCCCAAGGAUAGAGAGGACUUCCAUGCUAAGUUUGCCUUACUUAUCAAUCUGGGCACAGAGGCCAAGAAAGAUAGGGAAAAACUGUCAGCAUGUAAACGCCAGAUGAGUGAGGAGCAAGAGCUGUGGCGCUCAAGUGUGAUUGAGGUAAUCUGGUUGGAACUUCGUGCUUACAUCAACAAUGGCAGAACUCCAGAAGAACAGUUUCAGUUACUGAAAAUGGAGCGCCAGCAGAAUGAAAAAGUUAUCGAUGAUAUCACUAACUUUUGUUUUGCUGACGCCUUUUCUCAAGAAUGUCCUGACAGUGCCCUCCUUCGGGAUUCUCCUGCUGCAAACAUAUCUUUGUUCACAGACCAGCUUUUCAGGGAACAUGUUACCCGCAGUGUGUCUGCCUCUUUUUCCGAUGUGAACCUGUCUGAUGAGACUGUGUGCCUCCAAGAGAAAGCUCUUGUUCAGGUACAGAGCUUGUUGGAGAGACUUGAUCGUUAUGAGAGUUGUUACAGCACGGCAAAAGCUUGUAAACAGGAUAAUAUCAAGUUCAAGGAUCCUGUCUUUGAGAGGAGGGUGAAGUGCUUAAAUCUAUGGCUGAACAUUACUUGUGAUUUGUGCCAGAAGCUGAAACUGUUCGGUCGAAUUAUUGGGGCUCAUUCACGAGAUAUACAGUGGCCUUUAGUGAACUUUGAGUUCCCCACUCCUCAACCUCGUGAGUUUUUGGCAAGUCCUAGGGCAAGUAUUCCCAAUGUCCUUGAGACAGAACCCACCGACUCCUCUGAGGAAGAUAUUGAGGAGAGUGGUUUGGAAGAGAAGGAAGAAGGGGGUGGUGGGGACGAACCCAGGGACAGUUCAGAGGCCAGCAGGGAAGAAACUCCACAGAGUGAGAACAAACAAUUCCUCAGCCCCCCGUGCAAGCAAGUUAAGUUUCAGUGUGGGGGGGACAACAGUGAGCAUCCGUCACCGUGCCCAAGCCCAGGCCCUGUGCCCGCGGAGGGUAACCUGCCCCUAGACACAAGCACACCUGUCCGAGGCUUGUCCCAGAUCACACUCACUAGCGCAGGCUCCUCUGUGCUGAGCUUGUCACGAGCUUCUAGUGAUCUAAGCCUAGAUGAUAGUCGGCAGGUUCGCUCCUCCAUCUACAGACAUUAUGUAGAAAAGUGCCUUCGCAAGAUGGGCCUCCAGAGACUGAAUAUCAGACUGCGAGAUUUGUUUCAUCGCAGUUUGAAUAGAGCGAAGGAGGCAUUGGAGCGGCCAAAGGAAGCUUGUUACUCUGACAGCAGUGUUGAUGGACAGCAACCAGAGGAAGAUCGUGUCUUCUCAGAAGAGGCAACAUCAUCGAGUGGUCGCAGGCCUUCAUUCAAUCGUGGCAGCAGUCUCUCUGAACAUGGGGAGUGGAGUCAACAGUUUAUAGAGAUGGGUCUUCCUUCGUUCCGUCCCACAUACUUGUUCAUUGUAAGGAUACAAGUGGAUGUCAUCCAUGAGUGUCUCAAGCUGAGGAAGGACCAACGGCCAAUUGGUGACCCUUCUUUCCUCAGUAUACGACAGCUAAUUCGUGAGUGCAAAGAGGUUUUGAAAGGUGCAUCACUAGUCAAACAGUACUAUCACUACAUGGUGAAUGCCGUCAUCUGGGAUGAACAGGAGGCAGAGGCCAAGUUUGAGAAAGACCUGGUAGAGUUUGAUGAAGAUAUGAAGAGCAUGCUGGAUGUCUACUUCAACUACUUACAGAGUUGGAUCUACAUGCUGCAGAGUUUACCAGAGGCUUCACUGGGCAUGAAGAGUGCCCUAGAGGAGGAAUGGACAUUUACCAAGUCCAUAUGUCCUUUUGUAAUGGGAGGAGAAGCAGAGGCAGGCAAGAAGUUCAGUGCCCUAGCCAGCAGCCUACUCAGCUCCAUUGCAGACUUUGUAGAUACUGGUAUUGAUGACAAUACCAGAAACCUCUACGAUGACGAUUUCCCAGAGGAGGAUUGUGAUGAAGAGGAAGAUGAGGGAGAUGAAAAUGACAACAUAGACAAUUUCAAAAGAGAACAAAAAAUGGCAGACAUGAAACAGAAUGUUCAAGGGAUUCUCCGAAACUUCAAAAACUUGUUCAACGAAGCCCGAGAAAGAGCAUCUAAAGCCCUUGGCUUUGCAAAACUACUAAGGAAAGACUUGGAAAUAGCUGCUGAUUUCAACAUCACUGUGACCACUAAAGAGCUUCUGACCAAACUAAUGGAAACAGACCAUGUGCAGCUGGUGGCCCCGUUGAGUGCCGGCUACAUGAUGUUUGUCCCCAGCAGCAUCAUCUCCAAUGAGCGUCUGAUCUACCAACUGCUGAAUGUGACCUCGGGGCGAGAGGGUGCCACGGAGCUGACGGCAAAGGAAGAGGGCUACCUGCUGAUGAUGCGUUGUGAAAGUGGCACGGACCAGGUCAAAGAGUGCCCGCGGUGGCCUGGCCAGCCUGUGCAUGUGGAGCCUACCGCUGAGACGGCCAUCGCUCUCUCCCACAUAGAGGUGAUGGGUCUAUUGUUUGUAGUAACCCACUCCGGCACCCUGGCUAAUCAGAGGAAGUACUUUCAAAACAGUAUGGGUAGCUGUUUGCAGCUGGUUAAUGAACAGACCUCCUGCCAUCAGUCCAUCGCUGAGUCACUCUCAGAGUUAAAGACCAAUGCGAUUGAGUUGAUGGCCAAGCUGGCCCAGGCCAUCCAGCAGGUGAAUGAGAAGCUCAACUUCAACGAGGUCAUCCAACAUGAGGAGAGCAUUCUCAAGCUCUACAGGGAGACCAUGCUCAAGAUCUAUGACUUUGGUUUUGAGUAUCAGAAAGAGCUGAUGCGUUUAAUUUGCCGUGACCAGCGAGAAAAGCAGUGCCUGAUGAUUGUCGCCUUUGCCAAGGACUGGAUGAGCUUUGUCAUCAACAAGUGUGAAAUGGGCAGGGGAACAAGGCCACGUUGGGCCACAACCGGAUUGGAGUUCAUUUCCUUAGCUUGUGAUCCAAAGAAUGUAGUCUGUCUGACAGACCAGCAGUUUCAGGAAUUUCAAAAAAGAAUUGAUGAUGCCUUGACCCACAUCAUUGGCUCCACUGACAAUCGCUCUACAGGCCCAGGAAUGUCCUUGAGCAAGAGCAAUCUGGACCUCCGAGGUGGCGUCCCAUCGAUGCUGCGCUUGGCGUCUUGUCCAGAGAAGAGUCGAAUCAACCGUUCUUUUUCCACGCAGUCAGCCAACAGUGAUUCUGUUGUUGGCUUGGGCCAUCCACACUCCUCGUCUUCUGUGAGCUCCACUCCGUCUACCCUCGGCAGUUCUUUUUUUGGAGACCACCGAGGCAACCGCCACUCUAUCCCUGAGCUUCCGGAAAUUUCUGUAGUGGAUUCGGACGAUGGCAGAAUUAUCUUGGAGCUGCCGCAGUCUCGCAGGGGCUCCCGAGGUCAGCUGAGCACUGCCCUAAGUGGAGAUGUGUACAGGUCAAAGCCUCGCACGGAACGCCUUCGCAUCAGUAUUGAGAAGUUGGAGGCGGACCGUGAGCAGAAGUUGAGGACAAAGCGCAUCAUUGGCAAUGUGUCUGGUCGUGUCCAUGAGCCGGACAUUCGUAUGAAUGUAAGACGUGUCAAUUUUAGAUGGCAACGAGGCUUCAAAAUAGGUGAAGGCCAGUUUGGAAAAGUGUACACUGCAGUCAACAUGAUCACUGGAGAAUUAAUGGCCAUGAAGGAGAUGAAGUUCCAGCCCAAUGACCAGCAGUGGCUCAAGGAAACCUGUGAUGAGAUCAAAAACUUUGAGGGCAUCAACCACAAGAACUUGGUCAAGUACUAUGGUGUGGAGGUGCACAAGGAUGAGAUGCUGAUGUUUAUGGAGUACUGCGACUCUGGCUCUAUCGAGGAGGUGGCACGCAUCGGUCUGCCUGAGUACAUGAUCCGUCGCUACACUAAGGAGAUAGUACUGGCUGUGGCUCACCUCCAUGAGAAUAAUAUAGUCCACAGGGACAUAAAAGGUGCCAACAUCUUUCUGACAUCUCAGGGUCAUGUCAAAUUAGGCGACUUUGGCUGCUCUGUUAAAUUGAAGAACCAGCAAACAAUGCCUGGAGAGAACGUGAAUUUAGUUGGAACAACAGCGUACAUGGCCCCUGAAGUGAUCACACAGAGUGUACCAGAGGGCUAUGGCCGGGCAGCUGACAUCUGGUCUCUUGGUUGUGUUGUUAUAGAGAUGGCCACAGGAAAGCGGCCAUGGCAUGAGCUGGAGCAUAACCUGCAGGUGAUGUUCAAGGUGGGCACCGGCCACAGCCCGCCCAUCCCAGAGUGCCUCAGCCGGGAAGGCAAGAAUUUCCUGUCCUGCUGCCUGGUGCAUGACCCUGCUGGUCGCUUAACGGCUGCCCAGCUGUUGGACCACAUGUUUGUUAAGUGUUAUGAUGACGUGGAUAAUGACAGCGACAGUAGCAGCUCCUGAAGUGUGGCAGCAGCAAGACAACUGAGGGAUUGCUGCUUCUCCUCCUGCUGCGGCUUCUUCCUGACCCGAUACCGUCUCUAGCACUGUGUCAAAGUUUUGCCGGCUGCAGUGACCAGAAGAAGGGCUGGGUCUUGUGGCAUAAAAUUGGGGACAAUGGGCUGUAAUCAUUCUGCAUCUUGCCCAUGCGAGUCCUUUAUUUGGCCUUUCACUGACUUGUUGUUAGUAGUUCUCUCCUUCUGGAUGGGUAGGGCUGCGGUAACCAGGUGAAGCUGAAACAGCUGAAGAACUGCUGGGACUGUUUACAAACACAAUGCAGUUGAGUAAGUUAUAUUCCCUGUUUCCCCCAUUCUUUUUGGUAGCUUCACAGCUGACACAAGGUACUUAAUCCACAUUGAACAGCUAGAACAGCAAUCUGCAUUUUGGUUUCCUGCUGCAGCAGGUUCUCACUCUUUGUGGGAGACAAUUACUUUGAGUUAGGAGGAGGGUAGGGUUUUUUUUUCUUUCAGAUACAUAUAUGACAAUUGAUUAGUGUUUCGAUUACCUCAUUGCCUGUUCAAAGUACCAUGGCGCUUUCAGUUGGUUUUUGCCAUGUGUGAUGUAUAAUACUUUUGUGAAAGUCUUGAUGUUGUGUCAAAUGAGGAACUGCAGGAGGCUCCAUUCCUGUCGACAUCAGGCCUCCUAAGUGUUUUGCAUGUAGCCACACAUUUCUGGUCACAAGAAAUCAAGUCUAAUGGCUUCAUUCUGAAUAGUCUUGUCUAGCAAAUUCGGGAAUAGGGGCAAUUUACUACUGCAAUGGUCAGGGUAGAGUUCACAGUUCGAUGUGAUCCCGCCUGGAGCGAAUUAAUAGGCCCUACCCACCCAGCGAGUGGUGUAAGUUUAAGUGGCGAGCUCAGCUGCGAAUGCGAUGUUUGGGGUAAACAAACGUGUCUGCCAGUUCACACCUUGGUGUAAUCCCGUUGGGGGCAAAAAUUGUACCAUUUCAUCGAGCUUUACAACUUUUAUGUAAUCACAUUCACGAGAGUAGGUGAUCUUUAAUGCGACGGGCAGUUCAAUGAUCUAAACUUUUCACUCUUGGUUGAUCGGCUGUGCCCACCCGUGUUUUUUCCCCCGUAAAUUAUGGUCUGAAAUGGGUGAUCUUAGCCAAACGUUGACCGUCAGAGUGAAUCAGAAAGGGAUCUUAGGGGCGACUUUUGUUUAGUACAAAUUCUGUUUUUUUUAAACUGCGGGAUCUUAAGCGAUUGUAAGCGGUGGGAUCUUAGGCAGAGACUACUGUAUUAGGAAACUGCAAAUUAAAAUUUUUUUCCCCUUUGAUCACCGUUUUUCAGGAAAAUCGACAUGGAAAUGUGUUUUGAAAAUUUGAAAACAAUUGCCCAUCGGUCAAAAAAAUGCCCGUUUCCUUAAUUUCAGUAUUUUGACGAGCGCCUGAUUUCACCCCGAUGCCUCACAUAUUGUUUUUACAAACUCCUUUUAAGAUAAAUGUACCUGAUGUAAGCUAAAAUCUUUUAAAGUCUGCUUUUAAGCUGAUAGGCUGAAAUGUUAUCAAUGUGUUAGGCCUAUCUAUUUACCAACUUUUAUAGUGUGCUCUGUUGUUUUGUUCAAAAUGAGAAAGUUUAAAAAAAGACAACAGAAUUUAUGACAAUGAGUCAUAGUUGUAUGUUUGAUCUUAUAAACAAAUUUCUUGUUUUAGUGAAAGUUAAAAUAGCAAUGGGAGAAAAAUGGGGCAGGUGACUAUAUGACUUUCAAGAAGUUUUAUUAUGCAGUUGCGAGCACCGUAAAACCUCUACUAAAACUAAACUAAGAGGUGAGGGUCUUUUUGGUACAGUUUUUUCAAAGUUUGAAAGUCUCUUGAUCAAAGAAAUCUCAUACAAGUUGCCAUUCCCUGAAUGGUAGCUCUUUAAUGUUUUGUUUUGUGGAUUAACCAGAAUUAUGAAUGUGUUGAAAACAUUUGUCAAGCCUCAACUUAUUAUCCGUACCCGACUGUAUUUUUGUUUUUCUCGGGAUACAGAUGAAUGGGAGGGGGGAUGCAAUGGAAUUUGACAUUCUCUUUUAUCGAGCACAACGAGACAAUAGAUUGUGCUCACAGAAUAUAGCUCAGGAUUUAAAAUUUGGCUCUGAAGGGUGGGGGGGAUUUUUUUUCUAUCAUAAUGAUAGUUACAAUCUGAAAGAGUCCUGUUGGAUAAACUCUGCCUUUUUUUAUUUGAUAUUAUGAGACAAUGGUAUUAUAAUUAUAGUCAACUCCACUUGUGGUUGCUUGAGUUGAUCUUUGGUAAAGUUUUUUUAAUGUUCUCGGGUCCCAGCAUCUCUUCUUCUUUACAUUUGUCAAAGUCCAAACAGUUGAGUUCUAGCACCAUGAAGAUUGAGUUGAAGUGCCUAUUUUUACCCCUGGCUGCAAGUAUGCUACGGCUAAAUUGAUUUUUUUUUUCAAAGUAAAUUUUUAAAAACUUUUUUUUCGCAUUGUCGGAUGUUACAAAGCAGUUGUGACACAAGUGAUGCUUAACAUCAAUACAAUCGUGUUGAGCGAUUACAAUAGGCCUUCAUAGUACUAGUACCUUACCUCGAUGUACUGGUGAGGGGAGCACCAGUAGCGGACGUGUGUGGCAUUACACCAUGAUGACAAUGUCCGUUAUCGCUUCGUCUCUCUUCAAGGCGGAAGAGUAUACGGCACACUGCAAAACAAAGAGUAAUACAGUGAAACCUCAGUUCAGCACUCUCGGCUAAAACAUACUCGCUGCUGUAAUGUGAACUUUGUUUAUUUCUUUAAAAGCUAUCUAAAACCUAUCUUUGGAAAGCAUACAUUUUACUACAACAUUCACAUUUCAUGGGAGUUAAGAGAUCUAGACUUUGCUUACAAUUACAAUGCUCAAUGGACACUUUGAGAGUAAAGAAAAUUAAAAAAAUAAAAAA